CUCUAGGAGGGAAAGGAGCUGGAUUCGACGUGAAGGCACUGAGAGCUUUCCGUGUGCUUCGUCCCCUGCGGCUGGUGUCUGGAGUCCCAAGUCUCCAGGUGGUCCUGAACUCCAUCAUCAAGGCCAUGGUGCCUCUGCUGCACAUUGCCCUUCUCGUGCUCUUCGUCAUCAUCAUUUAUGCUAUUAUCGGCCUGGAGCUCUUCAUGGGAAAGAUGCACAAGACCUGCUACAACCAGGAGGGCAUAAUAGAUGUUCCGGCGGAAGAGGAUCCUUCCCCUUGUGCUUUGGAGUCAGGCCAUGGGCGACAGUGUCAGAACGGGACCGUGUGCAAGCCCGGGUGGGAUGGGCCCAAGCAUGGCAUCACCAACUUCGACAACUUCGCCUUCGCCAUGCUGACCGUGUUCCAGUGUAUCACCAUGGAGGGCUGGACAGACGUGCUGUACUGGGUCAAUGAUGCCGUAGGAAGGGACUGGCCCUGGAUCUAUUUUGUAACACUAAUCAUCAUAGGGUCAUUUUUUGUACUUAACUUGGUUCUCGGUGUUCUUAGCGGGGAGUUUUCCAAAGAGAGAGAGAAAGCCAAAGCUCGAGGAGAUUUCCAGAAGCUUCGAGAGAAGCAGCAGCUAGAAGAAGAUCUCAAAGGCUACCUGGACUGGAUCACCCAGGCAGAAGACAUUGACCCUGAGAACGAGGAUGAGGGCAUGGAUGAAGAUAAACCUCGAAACAGAGGCGCUCCAGCGGGCUUGCAUGAUCAGAAGAAAGGGAAAUUUGCUUGGUUUAGUCACUCUACAGAAACCCAUGUGAGCAUGCCCACGAGCGAGACUGAGUCUGUCAACACUGAAAAUGUGGCUGGAGGUGACAUCGAGGGCGAAAACUGUGGAGCCAGGCUUGCCCACCGGAUCUCCAAAUCCAAGUUCAGCCGCUACUGGCGCAGGUGGAAUAGGUUCUGCAGAAGAAAGUGCCGCGCAGCAGUUAAAUCCAACAUCUUCUACUGGCUCGUGAUCUUCCUGGUGUUCCUCAACACACUCACCAUUGCCUCUGAACAUUACAACCAGCCUCACUGGCUCACAGAAGUGCAGGACACGGCCAACAAGGCCCUCCUGGCCCUCUUCACUGCGGAGAUGCUCCUGAAGAUGUACAGCCUGGGGCUGCAGGCCUACUUUGUAUCCCUCUUCAAUCGAUUUGACUGUUUCAUUGUGUGUGGGGGCAUCCUGGAGACCAUCCUGGUGGAGACGAAGAUCAUGUCUCCCCUGGGCAUCUCUGUGCUGAGGUGUGUGCGGUUGCUCAGGAUCUUCAAGAUCACCAGGUACUGGAACUCCCUGAGCAACCUUGUGGCAUCCUUGCUGAACUCAGUGCGCUCCAUCGCCUCCCUGCUGCUGCUUCUCUUCCUCUUCAUCAUCAUCUUCUCCCUCCUGGGGAUGCAGCUGUUUGGAGGGAAGUUCAACUUCGAUGAGAUGCAGACCCGGAGGAGCACGUUCGACAACUUCCCGCAGUCCCUCCUCACUGUGUUUCAGAUCCUGACCGGGGAGGACUGGAAUUCGGUGAUGUAUGAUGGGAUCAUGGCUUAUGGCGGCCCCUCUUUUCCAGGGAUGUUAGUCUGUAUUUACUUCAUCAUCCUCUUCAUCUGUGGAAAUUAUAUCCUACUGAAUGUGUUCUUGGCCAUUGCGGUGGACAACCUGGCUGAUGCGGAGAGCCUGACCUCUGCCCAAAAGGAAGAAGAAGAAGAGAAGGAGAGAAAGAAGCUGGCCAGGACUGCCAGCCCAGAAAAGAAACAGGAGGUGAUGGAGAAGCCAGCAGUGGAAGAGAGCAAAGAGGAGAAAAUUGAGCUGAAGUCCAUUACAGCAGAUGGAGAAUCCCCACCCACUACCAAGAUCAACAUGGAUGACCUCCAGCCCAGUGAGAAUGAGGAUAAGAGUCCCCACUCCAACCCAGACACUGCAGGGGAAGAGGAUGAGGAGGAGCCGGAGAUGCCUGUGGGGCCACGCCCCCGGCCCCUGUCUGAGCUGCACCUUAAGGAAAAAGCAGUUCCCAUGCCAGAAGCCAGUGCAUUUUUCAUCUUCAGCCCAAACAACAGGUUCCGCCUGCAAUGCCACCGCAUUGUCAAUGACACGAUCUUCACCAACCUCAUCCUCUUCUUCAUUCUGCUCAGCAGCAUCUCUCUGGCUGCUGAGGACCCCGUCCAGCACACCUCCUUCAGGAACCAUAUUCUGUUUUAUUUUGACAUUGUUUUUACCACCAUUUUCACCAUUGAAAUUGCUCUAAAGAUGACUGCUUACGGGGCUUUCCUGCACAAGGGCUCUUUCUGCCGAAAUUACUUCAAUAUCCUGGACCUGCUGGUGGUUAGCGUGUCCCUCAUCUCCUUUGGCAUCCAGUCCAGUGCAAUCAACGUUGUGAAGAUUUUACGAGUGCUGCGAGUCCUCAGGCCCCUGAGGGCCAUCAACAGGGCCAAGGGGCUAAAGCACGUGGUUCAGUGUGUGUUUGUGGCUAUCCGGACCAUUGGGAACAUCGUAAUUGUCACCACUCUGCUGCAGUUCAUGUUUGCCUGCAUUGGGGUCCAGCUCUUCAAGGGAAAGCUCUAUACCUGUUCGGACAGUUCUAAACAAACAGAGGCAGAGUGCAAGGGUAACUAUAUCACAUACAAAGAUGGAGAGGUCGAUCACCCCAUUAUCCAGCCUCGAAGCUGGGAGAACAGCAAGUUUGACUUUGACAACGUUUUGGAAGCCAUGAUGGCCCUCUUCACUGUCUCCACCUUUGAGGGGUGGCCAGAGCUGCUGUACCGCUCCAUUGACUCCCACACGGAAGACAAGGGCCCCAUCUACAACUACCGUGUGGAGAUCUCCAUCUUCUUCAUCAUCUACAUCAUCAUCAUUGCUUUCUUCAUGAUGAACAUCUUCGUGGGUUUCGUCAUCGUCACCUUCCAGGAGCAGGGGGAACAAGAGUACAAGAACUGUGAGCUGGACAAGAACCAGAGACAAUGUGUGGAAUAUGCCCUCAAGGCUCGACCCUUGCGAAGGUACAUCCCCAAGAACCAGCACCAGUACAAAGUGUGGUACGUGGUCAACUCUACCUACUUCGAGUAUCUGAUGUUCGUCCUCAUCCUGCUCAACACCAUCUGCCUGGCCAUGCAGCACUAUGGCCAGAGCUGCCUCUUCAAAAUUGCCAUGAAUAUACUCAACAUGCUUUUCACUGGCCUCUUCACGGUGGAGAUGAUCCUGAAGCUCAUUGCCUUCAAACCCAAGGGUUACUUUAGUGAUCCCUGGAAUGUUUUUGACUUCCUCAUCGUCAUUGGGAGCAUAAUUGAUGUCAUUCUCAGUGAAACUAAUCCAGCUGAACAUACCCAAUGCUCUCCCUCUAUGAGUGCAGAGGAGAAUUCCCGAAUCUCCAUCACCUUCUUCCGCCUCUUCCGGGUCAUGCGCCUGGUGAAGCUGCUGAGCCGUGGGGAAGGAAUCCGGACCCUGCUUUGGACCUUCAUCAAGUCCUUCCAGGCCCUGCCCUAUGUGGCCCUUUUGAUCGUGAUGCUGUUCUUCAUCUAUGCAGUGAUUGGGAUGCAGGUGUUUGGGAAGAUUGCCCUGAAUGACACCACAGAGAUCAAUCGGAACAACAACUUCCAGACGUUCCCCCAGGCUGUGCUACUGUUGUUCAGGUGUGCCACUGGGGAGGCCUGGCAGGAUAUCAUGCUGGCCUGUAUGCCAGGCAAGAAGUGUGCUCCAGAGUCUGAGCCCAGCAACAGCACGGAAGGGGAGACCCUCUGUGGCAGCAGCUUUGCCGUCUUCUACUUCAUCAGCUUCUACAUGCUCUGUGCCUUCCUGAUCAUCAACCUCUUUGUAGCUGUUAUCAUGGACAACUUCGACUACCUGACGAGGGACUGGUCUAUCCUUGGUCCCCAUCACCUGGAUGAAUUCAAGAGAAUCUGGGCCGAGUAUGACCCUGAAGCCAAGGGUCGAAUCAAACACUUGGAUGUGGUGACCCUCCUCCGUCGAAUUCAGCCACCACUGGGUUUUGGGAAGUUGUGUCCUCACCGUGUGGCCUGCAAACGCCUGGUGUCCAUGAACAUGCCUCUGAACAGCGAUGGGACAGUCAUGUUCAAUGCUACCCUGUUUGCCCUCGUCAGGACAGCCCUGAGGAUCAAAACAGAAGGGAACCUAGAGCAAGCUAAUGAGGAGCUGCGGGCCAUCAUCAAGAAAAUCUGGAAGAGGACCAGCAUGAAGCUGUUGGACCAGGUGGUGCCUCCAGCAGGUGAUGACGAGGUGACAGUGGGCAAGUUCUAUGCCACCUUCCUGAUCCAAGAGUACUUCAGGAAAUUCAAGAAGCGAAAAGAGCAGGGUCUGGUGGGCAAGCCCUCGCAGAGGAAUGCGCUGUCCCUGCAGGCUGGCUUACGCACCUUGCAUGACAUUGGGCCUGAGAUCCGAAGGGCCAUCUCUGGGGAUCUGACUGCUGAGGAGGAGUUGGACAAGGCUAUGAAGGAGGCGGUGUCUGCUGCCUCCGAAGAUGACAUCUUCAGGAGAGCUGGAGGCCUGUUCGGCAACCACGUCAGCUACUAUCAGAGUGACAGCAGGAGCAACUUUCCUCAGACGUUCGCCACCCAGCGCCCACUGCACAUCAACAAGACAGGGAACAACCAAGCUGACACUGAGUCACCAUCCCAUGAGAAGCUGGUGGACUCCACCUUCACCCCCAGCAGCUACUCAUCCACGGGCUCCAAUGCCAACAUCAACAAUGCCAACAACACUGCCCUGGGCCGCUUCCCCCAUCCUGCUGGCUACUCCAGCACAGUCAGCACUGUGGAGGGCCACGGGCCUCCCUUGUCCCCUGCUGUCCGGGUGCAGGAGGCAGCAUGGAAAUUCAGCUCUAAGAGGUGCCACUCCCGAGAGAGCCAGGGAGCCACGGUGAGUCAGGAGAUGUUUCCGGAUGAGACCUGCAGCGUGAGGAUGAGUGAAGAAGCAGAGUACUGCAGUGAGCCCAGCCUGCUCUCCACAGAUAUACUCUCCUACCAGGAGGAUGAAAACCGACAACUGACCUGUCCAGAGGAGGAUAAGAGGGACAUCCAGCCAUCUCCAAAGAGGAGUUUCCUUCGCUCUGCCUCUCUAGGUCGAAGGGCCUCCUUCCAUCUAGAAUGUCUAAAGCGGCAAAAGGAUCAAGGAGACAUCUCUCAGAAGACAGCCUUGCCCUUGCAUCUGGUUCAUCAUCAGGCAUUGGCAGUGGCAGGCUUGAGCCCCCUCCUGCAGAGAAGCCAUUCUCCUACCACAUUCCCCAGGCCAUGCCCCACACCCCCUGUCACUCCAGGCAGCCGCAGGCCCCUACAGCCCAUCCCUACCCUACGGCUGGAGGGGGCAGAGUCCAGCGAGAAGCUCAACAGCAGCUUCCCGUCCAUCCACUGCAGCUCCUGGUCUGAGGAGACUACAGCCUGUAGUGGGGGCAGCAGCAUGGCCCGGAGAACCCGGCCCGUCUCCCUCACCGUGCCCAGCCAGGCUGGAGCUCCAGGGAGACAGUUCCAUGGCAGCGCCAGCAGCCUGGUGGAAGCGGUCUUGAUUUCAGAAGGACUGGGACAGUUUGCUCAAGAUCCCAAGUUCAUCGAGGUCACCACCCAGGAGCUGGCUGACGCCUGCGACAUGACAAUAGAGGAGAUGGAGAACGCCGCAGACAACAUCCUCAGUGGGGGCGCCCAACAGAGCCCCAACGGCACCCUCUUACCUUUUGUGAACUGCAGGGACCCGGGGCAGGACAGGGCUGCGGUCCCAGAGGACGAGAGCUGCGCAUAUGCCCUGGGGCGAGGUCGGAGCGAGGAGGCGCUCCCGGACAGCAGGUCCUACGUCAGCAACCUGUAGUCCACAGGGCUGGCCAGACGCGGGUGUUUUUUAUUCGUUUCAAUGUUCCUAAUGGGUUCGUUUCAGAAGUGCCUCACUGUUCUCGUGACCUGGAGGUAACCGGAACAGCGUCUUCAUUCACUGCUGUCGGGAUAAGCCUCAGAGCUGGGCGGUGUACGGAGUCGAGUCGGCUUUUCAGGGGAGAAGGCCAAGGCCGUGGUGCGGGGCUCCAGCACCUUCCCGCGGCAGCACCGCCCAAAGGACCCCUCCCAACCCCUAAGCCAAAGGGGUUUUCCCCUUGCUUGUAUAAACAGUCAUUUGCACACGUUCUGUCUGAGCCUGGCUGACUCUAGAGCAGGGCCCCAGGGAUCUAUGGCAGGAAUGGGCCAGUGUCCCCAGUAGGAGCUGGGAGGUGGCUGCAAGGUUCCCUGCAGAGCAGGUCUGGUCCCUAUGGUCCCUUCAGGGAUCCUUCCCCUGCAGGAGCUGAGAUGCAUGUGGCAGGAGCCAGUGCGGAUCACACCACCUGCCCUCAGCUAGCCAGGUCGGGGGCGCAGGCUGCUGCCUGGUGCUCUAGGUUUCAUGAUUUGAUGGUUCUUCUCAGCAUGUCGCGAUUU